AUGCCCAACUACGUGGCGCGUGCAUUGCCUGGUCUAAAAAAUUUCGACAUCGGUGACAAUCAACUGAAAGUUAUCCCUGGAGAAAUAUCCAAUCUAACAAAAUUAAAAGAAUUGAAUCUUAAGGGCAACAAAUUAUCAGACAAGAGGCUGAUGAAACUAGUCGACCAGUGCCGCACAAAACAGAUUGUAGAUUAUAUCAGGGAGCAUUGUCCGAAAUCAGACCAGUCCCAACCUGCAGGCAAAGGUAAAAACAAGAAAGGAAAGAAACAAGAAGAGCCACAGCCUGAUGAAAUCUGCAGUCUCUGUCACUCCUUGAAGAUAUUGCAUGUGGAGGAUGAUACUAUAAGGGUUAAAAUUAUUGAAUCGGAAGUUGCGGCAGUACGCCCAUACAUACUUUGUUGCAUUGUAAAUGACCUGAAUAUAACAGAUGAGUUGUUUAAGAAGUUCAUACAGUUGCAAACAAAACUGCAUGACACAGUUUGUGAGAAAAGAAACAUGGCAACAAUUGCUACUCAUGACCUUAGUAAAAUAGCUCCAGGUGACCUGAUAGCUCGUCAAUUUACGGGAGAGCAGCUGUUCCAGCAACUAAUAGCAGAAGCAGAGGCACUAAGGAAAGAAAAGAAGAGAAAUGUAUACUCUGGAAUUCAUAAGUAUUUAUACUUAUUGGAAGGCAAACCAAAGUACCCAUGCUUGGAAGAUGCCAGUGGGAAAGUUAUCAGUUUCCCUCCAAUCACCAACUCCGAAGAUACAAAGAUGUCGAGUGCAUCUAAGUCAAUGUUUGUGGAAGUAACAUCAAAUGUCUCUCUGUCUGCCUGCAAGAAUGCGAUGGACAAAUUUCUCGAGGAGUGUCUUCUACUUGGCAUAGGUCAAGAGUCAGACGCCAAUGAUGGAUUCCAUUUACUAACAGUACAGCAGGUCACAGUUGUAGACACGGAGGGUAAUCUCAAGAGUGUGUAUCCAUCAAGAACUGACUGCGUAUAUAAUGGGUCAAACAUCAAGGUAUAUCGGCUGUCGAAAAAG